UUUACCUACGGUCAACGUUGACUGACUUUUGUCCAAGCGAGUGACCAGUCGCCAGUGUCCAUCUAACUUCUGUUUGGUGUGGUAGUGACGUUAUUAAAUUAAUUGGUAUAAUAAUCGUCACGUCGUUAUCAAGUGGAUUUAGGAGGAAAACGUAUUAAUGUGGCAGUUUUAACGUGUAAAAGUGUUUUUUACAACAUAUUUGAAAAAUUUAUAUCAUUUAUAUCUAUUUCCUGAAUUUUCAGAUGAACAUCAAGCAUAAUGAUGAAGCUCUUACUCAUCUCAGUAUUCUUUUGCUUGGCGUAUGCUAAGAUAAGCGAAAUUAGUAUCGUCAGCAACGACAUAAAUGUGUUUCAUGCUCCUGAUAAAAGAUAUCGUCCAAUCUGGAGUGAUCUGGAUACCCGGCCUUUGCCAGAGUGGUAUGACAAAGCUAAAAUAGGCAUCUUCCUUCAUUGGGGAGUGUAUGCGGUGCCAAGCUUUGGGUCAGAAUGGUUUUGGGCUAAUUGGAAAGCAUCCGACAGCAACAAGAAGUACAUAGAUUUCAUGAAAAAGAAUUACCCACCGGGCUUCACGUACCAAGAGUUUGCACCCCUGUUCACAGCUGAGUUCUUUGAUCCUAAUGCUUGGGCAGAUCUCUUCGUAAAAGCUGGAGCUAAGUACAUAGUCUUAACAAGUAAACAUCAUGAAGGCUUCACUAUGUUCCCAUCCAAGCGUUCAUUCAGCUGGAAUUCAGUUGAAGUUGGGCCAAGAAGGGACAUAGUCGGCGAACUGGCCUCAGCUGUGAGGAACCACAGCUUAAAGUUCGGUGUAUACCAUUCCUUGUAUGAGUGGUACAACCCCAUUUACAACCAGGAUAAAGUUGCUAAGUUUAACACUCAUACAUACGUUGAUACAAAAUUAUGGCCAGAUAUAAAACAGCUAGUUAAUGAUUACAAGCCAUCAGUCCUAUGGUCUGAUGGUGACUGGGAGGCUUAUGAUGAUUACUGGAAAUCUACCGACUUAUUGGCUUGGUUGUACAAUGAUAGCCCAGUGAAAAAUGAAAUAGUUGUGAAUGAUAGAUGGGGUAUUGGCAUCCCUGGACAUCACGGAGACUUCUAUAACCAUGCUGAUAGGUACAAUCCUGGAAAAUUGGUGGAUCACAAAUGGGAAAAUGCAUUCACAGUUGACAGUAAAUCAUGGGGCUAUAGAAGAGAUAUGCAAAUCAGUCAAAUAUUAUCUAUUAAUGAUUUGCUUUAUCAAGUAGUUUCUACGGUCAGCUGUGGUGGUAAUGCGCUUAUCAAUGUAGGCCCAACUAAAGAGGGUACAAUAAUACCAAUAUUCCAAGAACGCCUCUUAGAGCUGGGAAAGUGGUUAUCGAUAAACGGCGAGGCUAUAUACAAUAGUUCCCCGUGGCAUUCUCAAAGCGACUCAUUAAAUGGUAAAGUUUGGUACACCUGUAGAAAAACGACCUACAAUGGUAUGCACCCUACUCUCCCUCCGCAGGAAAACGAUAACGUUACUGCAAUCUAUGCUAUAAUACUUCAGUGGCCAGAAAAUAGUGUUUUAAAGCUUAGCGAUGCGACUUCUUGUCUUCACAGUGGCACUUAUGUAGUGCAGAUGUUGGGCAAUGAAGGACAACACUUGAAUUGGAAAAUAACUAAUGGAGAAGUCGCAAUACAGCUGCCUAACAAAGCCAAUGUUCGUUCUCAAAAUGCAUGGACUCUGAAAUUUACUUUGAAAUAAAAACUACCAAAUAUACUUUACUAACAACCCUCUUGGUGCAGUCGGGUAGAUAAAAUAAAAUUAUAUCGUUUUAUUACUUCUCGUAUUUCUAAAAUUAUAACUCCCUUAUAUUAUUUGAAAAUUUAAGGUCAAUAAAACUUCAUGAAUAACGUCAAACAAGUGUAUUCAAUGAAACUUGUAUAAUGUUCAGAUAUCGCUACUUACAUGGACAUGGUUAAUCUUACAAAUUAAAGUAUGUUAAACAUUUUGUGCUUGAAAGUACUGUUGGAAAUAACAUCAAAAUCUAAGAGUAGACGAAGACAAGGCGAAGCGUGGUAGACUGUUAUUUUUCAUUUACAAAUAUUCACCACAAUAUGAAGAGAUUAAAAUGGCAUACAUAUUGCACACUUAAACAAAAUUAACGCUUUGCUAGGAAUUAUAGUGAUAUAAAAUACACAAAUAUUAAAAAAAAAUGGAAGUUGAAAGCUUAUUAAUUGAAAGCCUUACUGCUGGACAAUGCUUAGAACAUUAUGUGUAUUGUCAAAACAUUUUGCCGUACAGUCUCUAACAGAAGUGAGAAGUAUUUAUUUAAAUGCAGUCUAUUCAUAAAUCAAGGUAUUAGAAAAUAAUAUCUACGGACGGACUUCUCGCUUCUGCCAUGGAAUGUACCUAAAAGCUUCUACCGUUGUACCCCAAAAUUCGUUACAUUACCCAAAGUUAAAUAAGAUAUCGUGGCAUAUAAAAAUAAAUAUGAUUAAUACAUAUACACUUGUUAAAAAUAUUGCUUAUUUGGACUAUAUCUAAUCUAUAUAUUUUAUAAUCUGCUAAUAUUAAUUUAAGCACUUCAUUUGGAGUAAUUUGUCCUUUUUGUUUUUACAAAGUCCCUUUCAUAGUUCUUUGUAGGGAAAUCU